CCCACUGUCCCAAAGUCUGACCCAUACUCUAAAUGUCCUCUCUGUCUGUGUGUGUUACAGAAGGACGAGGUGUAUCUCAACCUGGUUCUGGACUACGUUCCUGAGACGGUGUACAGAGUGGCCAGACACUACAGCCGAGCCAAGCAGACCCUCCCCAUGGUUUAUGUGAAGGUAAGACCACCUCGAGUCUAUCCCUUCAAGGUACUACUCUCUCUGUAUGUUCAUUUUAGAUCAGUGUUUCUCAACUCAGGUCGAGCACCCAACAGCACACAUUUUUGUUGUCGCCCCGGACAAAAACACCCGUUUCAACUCAUCGAGGGUUUGAUGAUUAGUUGACUAGUUGAAUCUGAUGUUCUUGUCCAGGGCUUCAAUAAAAAUGUGUAUUAUUUGGGGUACUGGAGGACUAAGAAACACUGCUCUAGAUGCACUAUGUGGUAGACGUGGGUCAAAUACGAAUGUCAAAUACUUGAGCUGCUCUUGAUUUAGUUUGCUCGGUACAGAAUUGUCCCAAAAGUGCAUGUGGUUAUGUGUGUCUGGGCAGACAGACUCCUCUGGGCAUGUCUUCCUCACCAUGCUGUCCUGCGUCAUCGUGUAGCGGCCAGUUGAGAUGGCGUCAGCGGCCUUAUUAUAGCACCCCCGCCGUCUCUGCCUUUCCAGCUUGCCACUUAAGGAAGUGGAAGUAGUGGCAUAAACAAAGGACUGGACUGGAGUCAGAGCCAGGGACCGCUGCCUGCUGGCUGGUGCUUUCUGGGGGAUUUGGACACUGGCACGCUGUUAUUUUUAGCCCAUUGAUUACGAGGGAGGAGGAAUUGCUGCAGCUCUAUAGGCCUACGACUCAUGUCAUUAUGUUUAGCUAGCUUAGAGCAUGUACUCAUUUGUGUGUGUGUCUCCACGUCUCUCUCUGCAGUUGUACAUGUACCAGCUCUUCCGGAGCUUGGCUUACAUCCAUUCCUUUGGGAUCUGCCAUCGGGACAUCAAGCCCCAGAACCUGCUGCUGGACCCGGAGACAGCCGUGCUCAAGCUCUGUGACUUUGGCAGGUGGGCUGGAAGAUUGAAAUACAAUGGAGCCGUAUUGAUGGAGGAAGCAAGGAUUUGACAGCUAGUAAUGUUUUCAGACACAGACCCAACCUAGCCCAGCUCAUAGAAAUAUAAUUAGUAGAAUGGACAAAGCCCCUCAGUUCUAGUAAUUAUAUUUCUAUGAGCUGGGUUAGGUUGGGGCUGUGUCUGAAAACAUUACUAGCUGUCAAAUCCUUGCUUCCUACGUCCUUUUUUUAUUUGAGAGGAAUUGAGGAAACUACUAACUGGUAUACAUAAAAGAAAGCGCAGUUUCAACUCAAAUCCUUGAAGUCUUAAAUCCUCCUUUUGACCAUCCUUACCCGCUAUCUUUCAUUCCUUUCCUUCCUUCCUUCCUUCCUUCACUCAUCAUUGGUUGUCUUUGGCAGUGCGAAGCAGCUGGUCCGUGGUGAGCCCAAUGUGUCCUACAUCUGCUCACGGUACUACAGAGCCCCCGAGCUCAUCUUUGGGGCCACUGACUACACCUCCAGCAUAGGUAUGCUUCCACUACUAACACCCUACUCUGACUACACCUCCAGCAUAGGUAUGCUUCCACUACUAACACCCUACACUGACUACACCUCCAGCAUAGGUACGCUUCCACUACUAACACCCUACACUGACUACACCUCCCAUUACUAACACGCUACACUGACUACACCUCCCAUUACUAACACGCUACACUGACUACACCUCCCAUUACUAACACCUUACACUUACUACACCUUACACUGACUACACCUUCCACUACUAACACCUUCCACUGACUACACCUCCCAUUACUAACACCUUGCGCUGACUACACCUUCCACUACUAACACCAUACACUGACUACACCUCCCAUUACUAACACCUUACACUGACUACCUACAUAUUACACCAACUACACCUCCAGGGUACACUCCCACUACUAGUGUGUCUGUGUGUGAGUCCUCACAGUAUUUCUCCAUCCUCUGCAGAUGUAUGGUCCGCUGGCUGCGUUCUAGCAGAACUGUUGCUAGGGCAACCCAUUUUUCCCGGCGACAGUGGGGUGGAUCAGCUGGUGGAGAUCAUCAAGGUAAAAACACCUGCCUUCAAAUGUCAACAGACAGACGUAAGACGGACAGAUGGUAAGCCAGACAGACAGUCUGUUUUAGACAGACAGUCUGUAAAACAGACAGUCAACCAAAAGAAUGCACAGAGAUACCGUGACGAGAUCCUGAGGCCCAUUGUCGUGCCAUUCAUCCGCCGCCAUCACCUCCAUGUUAAAGCAUGAUAAUGCACGGCCCCAUGUCGCAAGGAUCUGUACACAAUUCCUGGAAACUGAAAAUGUCCUAGUUCUUCCAUGGCCUUCAUACUCUCCAGACAUGUCACCCAUUGAGCAUGUUUGGGAUGCACUGGAUCGACGUGUACGACAUCUUAUUCCAGUUCCCGCCAAUUUACAGCAGCUUCACACAGCCAUUGUAGAGGAGUGGGACAACAUUCCACAGGCCACAAUCAAAAGCCAACUAUGCGAAAGAGAUGUGUGCAUGAGAUGUGUGCAUAAGUCAAAUGGUGGUCACACCAGAUACUGACUGGUUUUCUGAUCCACGUCCCUAGCUUUUCUUUUAAGGUAUCUGUAACCAACAGAUGUAUAUCUGUAUUCCCAGUCAUGUGAAAUCCAUAGAUUAGGGCCUAAGUUAUUUAUUUAAAUUGACUUAUUUCCUUAUAUGAACUGUAACUCAGUAAAAUCGUUGACAUUUUAUCAUGUUGCGUUUAUAUUUUUGUUCAAUGUACAUAUUGUACAUAAAACAUAAAACAUUCGUUAUAUACAUGCAUAUAAAAUAUUGAUGAAACAAUUGAUUUUCAAGCUAAACAAAACCUGUAUGCGAGUAUUCUAAGUUAUUAUAUUUCAUUAAUCACUUACAUUUGUUUAUCCCUCAAGUUGACCCUAAAGCCUUCGAAAAGAAGCCAAACAAAUGAAAUGGUUGGUGGAAAUAUAAUUGGCUAUUCUAAGCACUAAGGUUAAAAGAGUAUGAACAUUGUUUCCAGAGAAAAGUGAUGUAUUCUUUGGUAUCUGGAAGUGUGACCUGUCAAAUUCAAUGAAACUCCCAUGUUCUAUGACUGAGUGGAAUUUCUUUGAAUUGUACUGAAUGAAAUUAUAUUUCAUGUCACUCAAACUCUACAUCCUGUGGGGUGUGGCCAAUCCAAUUAGAAUUUCAACUCGAGUUGAAUGGGAGUCAAUUCCCAAAUUCUGAAUUGAGAACAACCCUGUUGGUAAUGUAAUGAGUGAUAAACUUCUGUUUUGCCAUGCAAGUACUAAGUACACACCAAAUACUUCAAAUGUACAUAGUUGUACGUAUCGAUGGGCAAACGGUUUCUCUGUCUCCGUGUCUCCCCAGGUUCUCGGCACUCCCACUCGGGAGCAGAUCAGAGAGAUGAAUCCCAACUACACUGAGUUUAAGUUCCCUCAGAUCAAGGCACACCCAUGGACUAAGGUGAGUCAACAGGUACAGGAACCGUUUUUUACUAUUUUAAAAUCUCACUGAGUGAAAAUGUAAUUUAAGAGAAAGUUCGGAUUCUCCCCCGUCUUCAAAUCUCACUCAUGCAUCAGUGAACUCCAGUGUUCUUAAGCAUGUUAAACGCUUUCACCAGCCCCAGGGGCAAGCAGAGGAACAGCAGUGUACACACACAUACUCACACAGAGCGCGUUCUAGAAUCUGCAGGUUGAACAGCAUGUACUUCACCACAUUGGUGGCAAAAGGGACAGCUGGUCCAAAUCCGCUGACUAUUGCUCUCCCCAUAGGCUCUAACCCUUCAAUGUUUCCAGAUCUGAAGGGUUGGGAAAGUAUUCCAUCUUACAAAUCUGCAAACAUCGAAGGGUUAGGGCCAAGGGGAAGGGAUAAAGGUAGGGAGCAAAUUGGGACCGGCGUAUUUGUCCCACAGUUUUACACCAGCUCUCCCCUCUGUAAGAGCCAAUUUAUGCUUGAUCCAAAAAUGUGGUCGGAGGUGCCGUAUGGAUGGUGUGACGCAAUUGCGGAGCCGACGGAGGAACUCAGAGGCCAACUUGAGCUCCAUACCGCAUCUACGCGCGCCUCUCAAAUGUUGUAACAAUGCGGAGGGCUCCGUAUAGCUCCGCAUUGACAUGAUUGGUUGACGGUAGGUGAGGGUGGGAGGUCCUGUAUAAACACAAACUCACUUCCUUGACAACUUCCUUCAACAGCUUUGUGCUGCUCUGUGAAGUGCAAGAAGUAUGAAUGCCCUGACUUCUGCAGAGGCCAUAUAACCUUAAAUGCUGCACGGCCAAUGCAGACAUCGGAUUGAUCAUGCAGCGCCUUUAAGACAUGUUAACACUCCCUCUGGUGGUGUAGUACUGCACUGUCCUCUGGCCUGUGGGCUUCUGAAUAAAAGUGAAUCUACUAGACAUUUUAGGUCCCACUUUAAACAGUCACUGACAUUUACAUUUACAUUUUAGUCAUUUAGCAGACGCUCUUAUCCAGAGCGACUUAUAAACCCUUUAUAAGUCUAUAAAUGCUUCAGAAACCAUUCAUAGGAUUAUGCCGUGUGUGUGUAUGUAUGUAUGUGUAUGUAUGUGUAUAUAUAUAUAUAUAUAUAUAUAUAUAUAUAUAUAUAUAUAUAUAUAUAUAUAUAUAUAUAUAUAUAUAUAUAUAUAUAUAUAUACUACCGUUCAAAAGUUUGGGGUCACUUAGAAAUGUCCUUGUUUUCCAUGAAAACAUACAUGAAAUUAGUUUGAAUAGGAAAUAUAGCAAAAUGAAUAGGAAAUGUAGUCAUUGACAAGGUUAGAAAUAAUGAUUUGAUAAUAAUUGAGAUAAUUGUGUCCUUCAAACUUUGCUUUCGUCAAAGAAUCCUCCAUUUGCAGCAAUUACAGCCUUGCAGACCUUUGGCAUUCUAGUUGUCAAUUUGUUGAUGUAAUCUGAAGAGAUUUCACCCCAUGCUUCCUGAAGCACCUCCCACAAGCUUGAUGGGCACUUCUUACGUACCAUAUGGUCAAGCUGCUCCCACAACAGCUCAAUAGGGUUGAGAUCCGGUGACUGUGCUGGCCACUCCAUUAUAGACAGAAUACCAGCUGACUGCUUCUUCCCUAAAUAGUUAUUGCGUAGUUUGGAGCUGUGCUUUGGGUCAUUGUCUUGUUGUAGGAGGAAAUUGGCUCCAAUCAAGCGUCGUCCACAGGGUAUGGCAUGGCGUUGCAAAAUGGAGUGAUAGCCUUCCUUCUUCAAGAUACCUUUUACCUAGUACAAAUCUCCCACUUUACCACCAACAAAGCACCCCCGACCAUCACAUUGCCUCCACCAUGCUUGACAGAUGGCAUCAAGCACUCCUCCAGCAUCUUUUCAUUUGGUCUGCGUCUCACAAAUGUUCUUCUUUGUGAUCCGAACACCUCAAACUUUGAUUUGUCUGUCCAUAACACUUUUUUCCAAUCUUCCUCUGUUCAGUGUCUGUGUUCUUUUGCCCAUCUUAAUAUUUAAUUUUUAUUGGCCAGUCUGAGAUAUGGCUUUUUCUUUUCAACUCUGCCUAGAAGGUCAGCAUCCCGGAGUCGCCUCUUCACUGUUGACGUUGAGACUGGUGUUUUGCGGGUACUAUUUAAUGAAGCUGCCAGUUGAGGACCUGUGAGGCGUCUGUUUCUCAAACUAGACACACUAAUGUAUUUGUCCUCUUGCUCAGUUGUGCACCGGGGCCUCCCACUCCUCUUUCUAUUCUGGUUAGAGCCAUUUUGCGCUGUUCUGUGAAGGGAGUAGUACACAGCGUUGUACGAGAUCUUCAGUUUCUUGGCAAUUUCUCGCAUGGAAUAGCCUUCAUUUCUCAGAACAAGAAUAGACUGACGAGUUUCAGAAGGAAGUUCUUUGUUUCUGGCCAUUUUGAGCCUGUAAUCAAACCCACAAUUGCUGAUGCUCCAGAUACUCAACUAGUCUCAAGAAGGCGAGUUUUAUUGCUUCUUUAAUCAGCACAACAGUUUUCAGCUGUGCUAACAUAAUUGCUAAAGGGUUUUCUAAGGAUCAAUUAGCCUUUUUAAAAUGAUAAACUUGGAUUAGCAAACACAACGUGCCAUUGGAACACAGGACUGAUGGUUGCUGAUAAUGGGCAUCUGUACGCCUAUGUAGAUAAUCCAUUAAAAUCAGCUGUUUCCAGCUACAAUAGCCAUUUACAACAUGAACAAUGUCUACACUGUAUUUCAGAUCAAUUUUAUGUUAUUUUAAUGGACAAAAAAAUUGCUUUUAUUCCGAAAACAAGGACAUUUCUAAGUGACCCCAAACUUUUGAACGGUAGUGUAUGAAUGGGAAGCAUAUAUGCAGUGCUUAUGAAAAUGUAAUGAAUGCUAUAAGGCUUUGUGAAGUUGUUUGUUUAAAGUGGGACCACAUUUUAUAACCCUGUCAUUCUACCUGUAGUGUCGUAUAUACAGUGCCUAGUGAAAGUCUUCACCCUUGCACAGUUUUCACAUUUUGCUUCCUUAGAUUGAAAUAAAUAAAAAUCAUUACAUUGGGUUUUUGCACAGGCGUUGUGUAAUAUUUAGCUGUCAUUGUUUUAGCAGGUGUAGGGUGAAGUUGUCUCUGGACGCUGAUCUUGGGUCAGUUUUGCAUAUUCCCCAUUAAUUGUUACGGUUAGGAUUGGGGGAAGCUGAUCCUAGAUCUGUACCUAGGGGAAACUUCACCCAGGCGCUUUAGCUGACGUGUCACCUCUAACCUGUGUCAUUGACUGGUUUCAGCCUUGUGUGAUUGGCUCUCAGGUGUUCCGGCCGCGCACGCCCCCUGAGGCCAUCGCUCUGUGCUCGCGGCUGCUGGAGUACACGCCCACAGCGCGCUUCACGCCCCUCGAGGCCUGUGCCCACACCUUUUUCGACGAGCUCCGGGACCCCAACCUCAAGCUGCCCAACGGGCGUGAGAAACCCCUGCUCUUCAACUUCUCCACACAUGGUAUGGAUGGAGCUCAGACAUAGCUCUGUAUCGCCUACAGAAUUACUAGAACGGACAAAGCCCCUCAGACCACUGCAAAUCGACUGAAACACUCAUGGGACCACUCAAUAUGGAUGCCAGUUUACCCAUCACAGAAAUUUGACUUGAAUAGGAAUGUCCGUUCUAGUAAUUGUAUUUCUAUACAUGAUAAUGGGGUAUGUGGCUAUUACUCCAUUAGAGGAUUAUGAUUUAAAUUUGAUCACAGCGAAUUAAUGCUGUGACUAUGAUGUAAUUGUGUCACUAUUCCUUGCUGCUUUGUAAUGCAGGGCUCCCUUGUAAAAGAGACCUUGGUCUCAAUGGGACUUCCCCUGCUAAAAUAAAGGCUAAAUAUGCUAUGAUGGUGAAUGUGAAAGUUGGGCCUGUAGUUGUAGGCCAAAUGGUAGAAUUUGUAUCUAUAGGUAACUGUGUUUGGGUAGUUGGGUCUGUGUUUGUAAAUGGUAGAUGUGGUUGUAUCCUGACUCUCCACCAUUCUCACAAAGUGUGCACUUUCACACUUCUUGUCAUGGAUGUGAUAUUGUUGGAAAUGCCCUCUAGUCACUAUUUACACCAAUCCAAGUGUGCAAGUGCAAACUUUGGGUGUAUGUAAAUUUGGUCCAUAGACUUACUGAAUUUGAUGAUGGUGAUUGAUUACGAUAUAAUCAUAGUGAAUGCAUGCUGUGACUCAGGUAGGAUGGUGGUGAAUGUGAUAGUUGGGUCUGUAGUUGUAAAUAGAAGAUGUGCUGUCUGUCUAUAGGUGAUUGUGUCUGACGUCUUGUUUCUUUCUCUCUCUGCUUCCCCAGAGUUGUCCAGUAACCCCUCCCUAGCCUCCAUCCUCAUCCCCACCCACGCCCGGAAUCAGCCCGGGGCCUCCACCCCUACCAACGCCUCCGCACCCUCAGGUCAGUACACCCCCCACCCCCUUUCUCUCUCUUUCUCUCACCCUGUCUCUCUCUCUCACCCUGUCUCUGUCUCUCUAACCCUUUCUCUGCCUCUCCCUCUAUUGCCAUUCCUAAAUCGACCCCUAGACACAUUUGUAGAUCUGACAGGGUUGGAUAGGUGUAACCUAGAGUUCUUGUGGCAGGGGCUAGGGGCAGUGGAGGAUUGGGAACCUCUCUCUCCUCCUCUGUCCUCACCCUUACCUCUCAGUACUCCUGGCUAGAGUCUCUUCUCAGUACUAACCAGGGCCCGUGUUCACAAAGUGUCCCAGAGUAUAGUGUCUAGAGUGCUGAUCUAGGACCAGAUUUCCACUUUAGAUAAUAAUGAAUAACAUUAUAUGGAAAGGGCGGACCUGAUCCUAGAUCAGCACUGUUACUCUGAGACGCUUUGUGAAUAAGGGCCCAGAGCUCUCCUCAUUAAAGGCGAGUUGUGUAACGUGUUGUUGUACUGCUUCCCAUUCCAGAUGCCAACAGCGGAGACCGCGGCCAGACCACCAACGCUGCCUCCGCCUCCAACGCCUCCACCUGAGACCUCCUCCUGACCCGUCUGCCCGCUGCCCAUGCCCCAGCUCCUGGACAACAACAGUGGAAUGGCUGCACACCAACCAACUAAUAAAGCAAAGCAAGAAAACUGACGCGUGACAAAGAUGAACACAAGAAAAACCGAAUCGGAACUUCAUGAUUCCCCUACCACCUCCACCCGAACCUCUCCUCUCCCAUCGUUUUAAUGUUUGUUUAUUUAUUUGUACAAAAAGGACAACCGUGAUACGUUCUCAGAGCUGCUCUGCAUCUUUCUGUGCUUUGAAGAGGAGGGGACCGAGUGCGGGUGUGUUUAGUGUAGAGAUAAUGUAUAGCUAUAUAAGUAUACAAAAGUACUCUGACGUGUUUGUUUCCAUAGACAAUCUUCCUUUUUUCUUAUGCUAGCUAUAGUCAUCCCACUCUCUGUGUAGGAGAGGCCCCUACAUGCGUCUUGCAACAGCCUUACGUUCAGACUGUGGCCCCUUGGGGCCCCUGUCGACCCCAUCCACCCAUUCAUGUAUAUACAUCUGAGGACCUUGAUGACGUCGUGACUUGUAAUGGUUGACCUCGAUAUCUGUGUCUGUGUUCAAUGUACACAUACACAGUUGAUAUGUUGUAGAAUUGUGUCAGCUACUCUCUCUCCCACUUCAGAAAUCAUAAUUCUGCUAUGCAGCACCAUUUUGUGAUUCUGCUCGUAAGGCAACAGUUGUCUCGCACCUCAUCACUUUUUUUGGGUUCGUCCCCCUUUUAGCUCCCAGAAACGGUGCAUAAAUGAGUUUUACCCCGUUUUUCUCCGAAGGGUAAUGCAGUACCGACAGAACUUUGCCAGUACAGACCUAAGAGCAAGAAAGAGAUUCUGCUGGUCUUUCAGACCAGGACCUCUGUUUUACUUUUCCUGCUGCUUGUCAGAUAGACAUUGUGACUAGUAAAGCCUGGUAUUGUUCCGUUUCUUGUUAGGGUGGGUUUGGGGACUGGCUAUGAAGGAUGCUUAGAUGAAGGAGUCUGCUGUUGAUUGUGCUGCAUUUCAUCACGAUCUCUCUUUGUUACCAUUCUGUGUCCAAAUGUACCCUGUUCCCUCUAAUUUAGUGCACUGCUUUUGACCACAGUCCACAUAGCUCUGGGCAAAAGUAGUUGGGAAUAGGGUGCCAUUUCAG